CAGGGUUUGGACGGAUCAGUCAAAUGCUGCAUGCUUUGGAGGUGACAUCAUUUUGAUCACCUCACAUGCCGGCUGACCACCCUCCUCACGCACACAUAAACCCGUUUAUACCUGCGGUUGUCCCGUGUCUCACCGGACCAGCUCGUCACAGCGCAUUUCUCCUCCGAUAGGCGGACACCAAACACUGCCUCCCUCCCAUCCUCAUCCUCCUCUCCUCUCCUCCCUCCCUCCUGGUCGUGUUUACUAUAGGUGAGAUAGCCGUAUAAAUUCCUGAGUGUGCGCAGAUCGCAUCCUCAGAGGAGAAUGGAAAAGAAGGAGGGGGGUGUAGGAGCAGGAAAACAAGCGAACUGACGGGGGAGCGUAGCUAUAGCUGUGUUUACUGUUCACUGGGAUCAACGCAGGAGGAAAACGCAGACUUCCAGUCAUCCAGGGCGGAGAAACCUCAGUGGAUGCAGAGAGGAGGAGCAGAAGGAGGCGGUAGAAGAAGAAGAAGCGUGGAUGCUGAUUAUACCGACAUAACCCAGAAAGGAAGAAUUAAUAGGUUGUUAUUAGAAUUAAACAUAAUCUAUAAAGUGGAUUACGCGUUUGCAGCCAGCAGCGAUGGACUUCAGCUGUCGGCACUGAGGCUCCCAGUUCUCUAGUUGUUCUGAUGACCAGAGGUCCUCAUGGCGCUUAUUCAUGAACCUCGUGCCCCCUCUCCUUCUCUCUCCGGCUUCAACACACCCCUCUCCGAUCCUCCAUCCUUUCGCCGCCUCGAUGCUGAAACACCCUGCACCCCAGAAAUGGACCUGACCCCUACCCAGUGCGUCCUUCGCAACGUCCUCUCCAUAGACACUGGAGGUGCUGUCGAGCCAGGGGGUGGAGGAGGUGAAGGGCAGACUCCUGGGCACAACCAGACACCGGGGGACGAACAACAGGAGCACUUUGCCAACAGUGUCCUGAAGCUCCAUGAGCAUGAUGGGAGUCCUGGAAGGACGGAGGGUGAGGGGCAGGAGCUGGACACCAAUGCGGUCAGGAGCCAGGCAGAUGACGCCAGGCUACAGUGCCAGUCUACCGGAGGAGGGUUUCUGGAGGGGUUGUUUGGGUGUCUGCGGCCUGUCUGGACUAUGAUUGGCAAAGCUUACUCCACAGAGCACAAACACAACCUGGACGAGGCGUGGGAAGUCCCAUUCGAGGAGAUAUCUGACCUGCAGUGGGUGGGCAGCGGAGCCCAAGGCGCCGUCUUUCUAGGAAAACUGCACGGACAGGAAGUGGCUGUAAAGAAAGUGCGGAACAUCAAAGAGACGGACAUCAAGCACCUGCGCAAGCUCAAGCACCCCAACAUCAUCACGUUCAAAGGUAUUUGUACCCAGGCUCCAUGUUACUGUAUCAUCAUGGAGUACUGUGCCCAGGGACAGCUGUAUGAGGUGCUGAGAGCAGGGAGGAAGAUCCAUCCAUCGCUCCUCAUGGACUGGGCCAUGGGCAUCGCUGGGGGCAUGAACUAUCUUCAUCUCCACAAGAUCAUCCACAGAGACCUCAAGUCACCAAACAUGCUGAUCACCUACGAUGACUCUGUGAAGAUUUCUGAUUUCGGCACAUCCAAAGAGCUCAGUGACAAGAGCACCAAGAUGUCCUUUGCUGGUACAGUGGCCUGGAUGGCUCCUGAGGUCAUACGUAACGAACCCGUCUCGGAGAAGGUGGACAUUUGGUCAUUCGGUGUCGUGCUGUGGGAGAUGCUAACAGGAGAGGUGCCCUACAAGGAUGUGGACUCUUCUGCUAUCAUCUGGGGAGUGGGCAACAACAGUCUGCAGCUGCCUGUGCCUGAUAGCUGUCCAGACAGCUUCAAACUGCUCCUGAGGCAAUGCUGGAACUGCAAACCAAGAAACAGACCUUCCUUUCGACAGAUCCUCCUGCACCUGGACAUUGCCUCAGCAGAUAUCCUAUCGACUCCACAAGAAACUUACUUUCAGUCUCAGGCGGAGUGGAGGGACGAGGUGAGGCACCACUUUGAGAAGAUCAAGUCUGAGGGGACGUGUCUUCACAGGCUGGACGAGGAGCUGAUCAAACGACGCAGAGAAGAACUCAGACAUGCACUGGACAUCCGAGAGCACUACGAGAGGAAACUGGAGAGAGCCAACAAUCUCUACAUGGAGCUCAAUGCCAUCAUGCUGCAGCUGGAGAUCAAAGAGAAAGAACUGCACAAGAGAGAGCAGUCACUGGACAAGAAGUAUCCGGGCUGCUUCAAACACCACAGCUCCAGACAGUCAGCCUCCUCUAACUCGAUGGAGAAACUCAUGAAGAAACGCAACGUACCUCAGAAACUGCCCUCACACAGCAAGAGGCCGGACUUGCUAAAAUCCGAGGUUAUCCUCCCCAAACUGGACUCUUCCAUGACCCAGGUCACAAUCCCCAACAAGGGCUCUACCUCCCCCGGCCGCUCACGCCGAGGAAAACCCCGCUACAGGAAGGCCGGUAAAGGCAGCAGUGGGGACUUGGCUCAGCUGAAAGCCACUCUCUCCUCUUCCUUAGCGAUAGUCAACUCCACCACAUCUGUUCCUAACAGUAAGCAGCAUCUAGACCCCAGCGCAGCCCUCAGGGGCCUGCAGCAUGAUCUGCUGCUCAAGAAGAUGUACUCCUCGAGCCCGGAUCUUAUCUCAACCACUUUGGAAGCUGAGGGCCGGAGGAAGGGGCAGGUCAGACCAGGGCUGGACAGAGCGGGCAGCCAGAGCGCCUCAGCUGGGCUGGGGGAGAGUAGAAGGACUGGAGGGGCAGAUGAGGGGCCAGAAGUGGGUGUGGGGGCCGAUGAUCUGGCAGAAACACCUCCACGCAGUGACACGCCCAGCGAGGAUGCAGCUUCUAUACCGUUCUCCAGUAGUCCUGACUCGCCGUGUGGCAGGGGAGCAGCUGCGGGGAGGGCGUCUGUGCUGGGAAACCCCCGUGUUUCCCAUGAGGGCGAGGAGAAGGAGGAGGGGACGGUGAUCACACGCUCACCCAGAAGUCAACGCCUCACACCUGCAGCACUGCUCUACAGGGCAGCAGUCACGCGCAGUCAGAGACGUGGAGUGUCAUCAGAGGAAGAGGAGGGAGAAGUGGACAGUGAAGUGGAGUUGCCAAGGAGACGGCGUCCCGUCAGCAUGACCAAGUGCCAGUCCCUGUCCACCUUCAGCUCAGAGAACUUGUCGGUCUCAGACGGUGAGGAGGGAAACACCACAGACCACUCCCACAGCGGCACGCCAGACGUGGUCAGCACCAACACAGAUGAGCGUCUGGACGACAAGAGCGACGACCUGCUGUCUCAGGGCUCGGAGAUUCCCGCUGACCCAUCUGACCCAACCCAGCUGGGCUCUGAUGGGUUGUCCGAGAAGGAAGCUAUUCUUCGACAAGUCAAGACCCAGCUCGCCAGUAAUGACCAUAAUUAUGAGGGCCUGUAUGAUGAUUCGGACUGUGACAGUGCAGAGCUGGACCAUUCAGGCAGUGCAGAACCCAGCCAACCGCCAAGCAAUUGGUGAAAAACUGGUUACACCUCAGCCCACUCAAACACCCGCAAAUCCAGCCUACGAAUGCCUCUUCUAAUCUUACAGAACUUUGAACACACAGAGUCAUGAUCAGGGACAUUGCAGAGAGGCAAGAAAUGAAGGCCUGUGUCCUUACUCACAAGCAGAAACACCAAACUUGGUGAGUGUUCUCAAAAAAUAUCCCAGAAACAAACCUCCAUAAAAUCCCGUUCCUUUUCCGAUAAAUGCAUCACAGUGAUGUGAAACUGAAUUGCGGCACUAAUAGAGCUGACGGAGCAGCUCUCUCUCUAAACACUGGCCCGAGAUCAGCUUUGCAAGAACAUUUCAAAUGACAGCUCAGCGACAGACACCUCAGUCAAAGAGGCCAUCGACAGUCUGUCAACGUCUCUUCCGUGUCAAUUUGUAUUUUUCUCACCGUCAUGAAAAUGUGUCAUGUUAUUUCAAAUGGUGUCAUAUGAGGAAAUGAUUAUAAAAUCGUAUCAGGGCUUCUAUUAUAUUUUAAAGUUUUGGUUGUCAACAUUGCUGGGACAGCCACUGAUGUUGCUGCUUGCACUUAAUCUAUGAAACCUACUGAUUUUCCUCAUGAUCAUCGUGUCAUAUUGCAUUUUCUCUCAAAACUUUAUGCACUGACUAAAUUAUUGUUGUUUUACAGUGAGCUCAAACAUCAAAAAUCAAUGUUUACAUUUUCCUUUUGUGUUGUUUACAUUUUCUUAUUUAUAACUGUGUCAUGGAUUUACGUUCCCAUUUUCUACUCCUGUGUUUUAAGAUCAUUGUAAAUAUGUGAUGUUGUAAAAUGAACAAAUUUUUAAAAAUGUGAGAUUGUAUAAUUUAAAGGUGCUGAUGUUUCUAAUUAGGUGGCUACUCUAUUUGAACCUCAAAAAGCUUAUGGUAGUAGAAUGUACUGUAGCUGCUGUUCAUGUCUGAGCAUCAAACAACAGAUAAAAGAGAAACAUGUGAACAAAGAAAAAGCAAUAUGUCUGCUCUGGUACAGUAUGUCACAGGUCAAAAGAACCACAGAUGAGUUCAUUCAGGGCAGACAGGCUUUUUUUUUAUUAGUAUUGCAGUGUUUACUGUAUUAAAACGCAAUACCUGUUUAAAAAAUCCCUUUCUGAGCAUCUGGGGGUGUAUAUAGCAUCAGAAAAGCAUGUUUGUGGAAGUACAAAUAGCCUAUUGGUCACUGUUUGUGACUCAGAUCAAAAUGAAAUAUUUGUUUCAUGCACAGAGGGGAAAAAAAGCAACAAAGGAAAGACUGCAGAUUUCUGGAAGACAUUUAAAGACUUCAGUUUAAUGACUGAAGGCAUGUGGAUGACAGGGACACAAAACACCAAAA